AUGUCUCAGGAAGAUGAUAAUCGCGAGAAAAGUGCUAAUACUUUGGACAGUAUCAUUGACUUGCUUCGAUUUCGUUUGGUGAGAGCUGUUCACAAUGAGGUGGAUUUAUGCGGUGAAAUGGUUGCAAGAAUUCUGGAUGACACAAUGCCUCAGGACGAAGGACCUUUGGUCACUGCAUCAUACGAGGAUGAAUUGAUGGAAGAUGUAUCAGAAGGUUUAUCGGAUCAGUUAGGUGAGUGUGACCAUAAGAUGGAUGUUGCGACAAUAGCGACUACCGAGCAAUAUGGAGAGGCCAUGGCGGAAAAAGAUUGGGAAAACUGCAGUGAAGACUCUCCAGUUCCAGGAGAGCCAGAAUUGGAAAAUGUAGAACUGGAACGCUUGAACACACCGGGAAGUAUGGAAUCAAUCGUUCAGGAAAUAUUCGUAAAAGCAGUCAAGAUAGUUAUCCACAUGUUAGAGAAUGCAGGAACCGAUGAAAGUGUGGCUUAUGAUGACCAGGUUUCCUAUCAUGAUUGCUUGUGA